CCAAUCGCCUAUAAGCCGCAUUGUUUUGUUUAUAUUGUUUUAUAUUGUGAAAUCUCUCGAAAUACCACUGAAGACAUGUCCCUGGCCAACGUUUCCACCCACUACAUAUCCGAGAAGGUGGCCCGGGUGCGCUGGCUGCCGGAGCAGCUGCAGCAGAGCGAGCGAUUCGUCACCGGCAGCUGGGACAUGGACAGGAACUUUGUUCGCCUCUGGAGGCUUCAGUCGAACCAAUAUGCCACCGCCACGGAGUCGGACAAUGUGGACAAUGUGCCGCGCUGCAUGGACAAGGUGGCGAUGGAGGACGAUGUGACCGCCAUGGAGUUUGUGGACAAGGACACGCUGGCUGUGAGCUGCGCCGAUGGUCACCUCAGCGUGUUCAAUGUUCAACGAGCCGUGGAGGAGGAUCAGAUGCAGCGUACGGCUAGAUCCGAGAGGCUGCACUGCUUCCAACGUAGCCAGGAGCCGGCUCCCUGCACCGACCUCUCCGUCUACGGCACGGAUAUUGCCACCGCCGGCGAAGAUGGAUGUGUCAACAUCGUCUCCGUUGGAAAUGUACGCCAGGUGAAGCGCACCAUCGAGGCGGACAGCAUGGCGCUGUUCUCGAUUUGCUACAUCAGCCAACACGAACUGGUGGCGGCCAACAGGAUGGGCGUCAUCCGAAUGCUGGACGGACGUGUGGCCACCGAGGCACAACCGAAGCUCACUUUCAUGGUGGCCUCCCAGGAUGACAAGUCCUCGAACUUUGUUUCGUCGCUCACCACGCAUCCCAUGCAACAGCACAUUCUGCUCUGCGGCAGCGAGGAGGGUUCGAUAACGGUGUGGGAUCUGCGAAACCUGAACUACCCCGCCUCUUAUCUGAGUGCCCACAAGAGUCCUAUUAACGAGAUUGGCUUCCAUCGCAAAGAUCCUAGCAAGUUGUUCACCGCCGCUGAAGGAGGAGAGGUGUGGAUGUGGUCGGAGAACAAGGUCCUCGGUUGCGACUCAAGCAAGAAGGACGGGAAUAGCCCCUGGUUGUCCGGCGAUCGAGUUCGCUCCCUGGUCGAUGUCGAGGGCGUGCUGACCAACAUCCGCAAGGCCGUCAACUCCUUCGAUGUCCACGGAAGUCGUCUGGUCUGCGGGGGCGACACGGAAGCUGUUUACCUAGUCGAUAACAUUGCCUAAAGUUUUGUCACUUUCAUAUAAUAUAGAAUUUUCCAAUUGUUA